UCUUUUUUAUAACAUGAGAAGGGAAGGGGCUAUGGCGAGUCUGAGCAAGGGAACAAGAUGAUGAAAAUGCUGUCAAGAAGCACUUCUGCUCCAACCUUGAAAUCCAUAUGGGAUAAAGGCCCUUCUUCUUCACCAGACCUCAGAACCAAAACCUCUCCAUUUUCUUUCUCUCCCCACCACCCUGUAACGAUCAAGAAAACCCUCUCCAGAACUGUUUCUGGGCUUCAUCUCAGAGGCACCCCCACGCCCACGCCCACGUCCAAGAACAAGCCUUUCCACAAUGGGUAUUCUCAAUUCGUGUCAGAAAAUCAAGAAAACGGUUCUGAUAUGAGUUUGGGGAUGAUGAGUAUGAGCGUCAGUUGGAAGAGAGAUGCUGCAUUGGAUGAGAGAUGCUCUGCUCCGGUGGAUGACAGUGGAAUCAGUGGCGGCGGUAGCGGCAGUGGCGGUGGAGGCUGUAAUGGCAGGGGAGGUAGCAAUGGCAAUAAUUAUGGUGGAGAUGGAGGAGGUGAGAAUGGGUGGUUUGAAAGUAUUGAUGAAUACUAUCAGAAAAUAAUCCAAGAUAAUCCUCACAAUCCCCUCUUCCUUGGAAACUAUGCCAAAUUCUUGAAAGAGGUGAAGGGUGAUUUUGUGAAAGCUGAGGAGUAUUGUGGAAGGGCAAUACUGGCAAAUGCAGAUGAGGGGCAUAUCUUUUGCCUGUAUGCUGAUCUGAUCUGGUGUUUAUAUAAAGAUGCUGCUAGGGCCAAGUCAUAUUAUGAGCAAGCUGUGAAAGUUUCUCCAGAUGAUUGUUAUGUAUUUGCUUCGUAUGCUCACUUUCUCUGGGUUGCUGGUGAAGACGGCGAAGAAGAAGAGGAUGAGAAAAUGCUUAGAAGUGAUGUACUUGCUUCGUAUGCUCGCUUUCUCUGGGAAAAUGAAGACGAAGAAGAAGAAGAGGAUCAGCAAACUGAAGAAAACGAAGACGAAGAAGAAGAAGAAGAAGAAGAGGAUGAGCAAAUACUGAGAUAGUAGUAUCAUCAAAUCAUCAGUUGUUUGGCAAUCAAGGAUUAGAUUCUUUUUUUCCCUCACACACUAUAUAGGCAUCUCUACAUAACUUUCUUUCUUUCUUUCUUCUGGUUGGUUCUCUUUUACCAGACAGCCAUCACCUUGUUGAUGGAUUGCUGCAUAAUAUACAGUAACUCCUUUUUCAUCCUUCUCUAACCCAAAGAUUAUUCCUUGUUCUUUUCUUGUGUUUUGGUCUUGAUAAUAAUAUGCAUUUUGCCUCA